UUAUUUUUUUUCUUGUUUGUUUCUCUGGUGUCUUUCAAUGUUUUUUUUUUUUUUUCUUCUGGAUCAGGGCGACAGCAUUUUCGGGACGUCGGGCGGAUUUGGUUUCACUAAGGAGAACGAACUGCUAGUUGGACGGCUGGCUAUGUUGGGAUUCGCGGCAUCUCUCCUUGGCGAGGCUAUAACGGGCAAGGGCAUCAUCGAGCAGUUGGGACUGGAGACCGGGAUCCCACUUAACGAGUCAGAGCCACUUGUGAUCUUCUUCAUCGUGUUCAACGUUCUCGGCGCCAUCGGCGCGCUUGGUGACAGGGGCCGCUUCGUGGACGAUAGUCCGUCCACUAGCGUGGCCACUGACGGAAAGGGCUGGAAGGCCAUCUUGGCGUCCACCCCGGUGUUCGGAUUCACAAAGGCCAACGAGCUGUUUGUCGGCCGUAUGGCCCAGCUGGGUUUCGUCGCAUCCAUCCUCGGAGAAGUGCUGACUGGCAAAGGUGCCCUUGCUCAGCUUAACAUCGAGACUGGCGUCCCUAUCAACGAGAUCGAGCCCCUCCUCCUCUUCUCCAUCAUCUUUUUCCUCACAACCGCUUUGGUUCCCGGCACUGGAAGAUUCGUCGAGGAUGACGAGUAAACCACACCCCAUUUCAUUCUCGUUGUCCUCCUCCCCGUCUCCAGCUCUCUUUCUUGUGGCAGAAGGUGGACGAAGGGGGAGGAGGGAGGGGCAUGCCAGUUGCUACCUACGUCUUCUUCUUAGAUUCAUCCCCCUUUAGGCUCUUGUCACACGUGUACUAGACGAAGGCAUCGCUUAUGUUCAGUAAGAAGUCAGAGAGUUUAACAACUUUAACUUUAACUUAGCCAUUUACGGAAAUCUGUGGCCAUUCAGGGAUACAGUAUACUGAGUGAGUGGGGCAUUAGUAACUUUCCAAGCUUUGAAAUUGGAGUCGUUUUCAAAAGCAGAGCCUUAAAGUUUGAAAUUUAAAUUGGACGUUUGUUUGGUGCUAACGGGGUGCUAACGGACUAGGCAAUGGGGUAGCUACGGUGGACCAGAACGUACCGUUUCCCGCCGUUAGUACGAGUCUGGGCACGCCUUGGAGGUUGCCUCAGGGCCUCGCCACACCACUCUCGAAAUGUGAAAAAGACAAAAAUGUGUCGAGUGCAUCUGGUCAUGUUCUAGCCGGAAGUUCAUUCUCAUUUUGCACAUUUCGAGAGUGGUGUUGCGAUGCCCUCAGUCAGGUGCAGGUAGUAUACCGCGGGGGGGGGGAGGGGGGCGGGGGGGCAAUCGUGAGCAAGAUUGAAAGAGGAUACGGGCGGUCACGGUGGGACGUUAGAGAACCCUGAAGGCUGGGUCGGCUGGUGAAAUAGUUACUGCGGUAAUUGUCAUUGUGGUGGUGCCAAGGGUAAAACUUGGGAAGCUGAGGGGUCAGAGUAGUCAACGUAGUUAGCGACAGGUUAAGAAUUCCCUUCUUUAGAUCUCAGCUCGGGUGGUGAGAAGGGUUAAACUUCUUCAGAGCCUAGCUCCGGUGGUCACGAGGGGUUAAUUCGACUGGGUUUGGGCUGGGUUAGGGGUGGGGGAGUGGGGGGCUGCGAGGGGUUGGGGAAGGGUUAACCACGGUGGCUACCUUUGGCAGCCAGUGAGUUUACGGAGGUUACGCAGCGGAAGCGUCUUUGAGGAAAGAGAGACUGAGUUUAUUUCUUUUGGGACGUGAAGAGGCAAAGUUUGAGUGAGGAUGGAGUCCGAUGGAGUCGGAUGGACCUGUAUAUAUUUAUGUAUGUGUAUGGGUGUGGGUGUGGGUGUGGGUGUGGGUGUGGGUGUAUACAAGGUAUUUAGAAUAAGAGGAACCCUCCUCCUCUGAUUUAUCCGUCAAUUGUGGUGACGCACGGGGGCUCAUCGUACGUGAGGAAGUGUGCGUGUGGGCAUGUUCCGCGUGUCGGAGGGGGAAGACAAGCGGCAGGGGGGAGGGGGGGGAGAUUGGCGAAAUCUUAAAGCGUUCAGUGCUUGGUAUUUUCAGCUUUGGUGUUUAAGAUUUCAAUUCAGUGCUUGGCAUUUUCAGCUUUGGUGUUUAAGAUUUCGAUUCAGUGCUUGCAAACGGAUGUUAAGUCUGGUGCCUUGCCUUCUUUGCCACUCUCGGAAGCCGGACCCCCUCUUUUGGAACUUGCCUGCUGCAAGCGUUCUGCGUCAUUGAGUACUCUCUAAGGAGUUUGGAGUUUGGAGUUUGCCAGUUUGGAGUUUGGAGGUUGGAGGUUGGAGGUUGGAGGUUGGAUGGAGGUUGGAGAUUGGAGGUUGGAGUUUCCUGUCUAUGGUCCAUAAACAACCCACCUCAACUUAAUACGGCGAAACACAAUCCAAAGAGAUGCAUUGGUUGAAACUUAUCGAAACGGACUAAAAGGAACUGAGAAGUCGUCAUCAUCGUCAUCGUCAUCAGCACCAUCAUGCGAGCGAACGUAAUUUAAUGCUUAUGAAGUAGGACAGUUGAGCUUUGCUUGUAACAGCAAUGGGAGGUUUGGAAGUAGCUGGGAUCAUACUGUACAUGCCUUCCGAGAGUUGUGAGUGCUUCAUUCCUUAGAGUGCAAAGGAGGACUUAGUCAUGAACAUGCCCACCCCAGUGCUCAUGCUGUCUGGGAGUGACUUCAAGUUGAAGGUGUUGAGGGCUCAAGCUGUCUGACUCGCAAUACGCUGCACUAAGUCUUUCUACUGCAACAAUCAGCAAGUCGGAGAAGAUGAAGGCAGAGAACAGAGAAGUAACCCAGCAUGACCAAUGUCAAUAGGCACUCAAACAGACCGGUCCCUUCAACUUGAAGAGAUAGGACCCAAACAGGGAAGUGCAAAAGAUAAACGAAAGUGCACGGGAAUCGAACUUGUAGAUCCUUCAAGAGAUAGAAGAUCCUUCAAGAGAUAGAAGCCGAGCAGGGAACUGCAAAAGAUAGACGACAGAGUAUGGGAAUUGAGCUUCUAGACGCCACUAAUUUUUAGGCAAGAUGAACUGUAACUGCUACAGGUAUAUAACAAAUUUGCUAGCUACCGGUGUUAGUGCAGUGGAAACACUCACUAUAAUGACCACCUGAGCGAACGCGGUACAACAGCGGCCACCAUGCUAUCCUAGUGCAGCAGAACAAAGUGCUACGGGUGCAACGACUGCCACCAUGGCGGUCUGUUCCUGAGCGCUGCAGCCUUUUUGGAACAACGGCGGAAGACAGAAAGUCGUGAACUUGGAUUACAUCGACUUCCGGAUUGGGUCAAGUGUUUUUGUAACCCGGUCCGUUGUCAAUGUGGCCCAACAUCCAUUCCAAGCAUGCAGUUUAACAACCAUGUAAUUUCAGUUGAGAGCAGAGUAGGUAGAGCUAUGCCAAGGUCUAACCCAUGACAUCCUCUGAGUAAACCAGGUCUACCCACCUAGCAUAGCUAUUAUUGAUUGCUCUGAUUUUGUCUUGUUGGAGAGCUAUGCCAAGGUCUAAGCCAUGACAUCC